CAAUGAGAUGGUGGAGUGUGUGCGGGGUGCACCAAUUCUGUCGCCAUGUUGCAUGGGGUUUGGAAAAAACUACUAAACAUUUUUUGAGGGUGUGCGCGGAUGAUAGGUGGUGUGCCAAAUGUUGGAGACAAGGUGGGCCAAAACUGUCAGGAUGUUAAAGAGAGUUUGCUAAAGACUGUACUAAGCAUUUGUUGUGGGUGUGUGCAGAAUAGAGGUGGUGUGCCAAAUGUUCUUUGAGCGGCUGUGCACCAACUCUGUCGGGCUGUUUAAGGGAGUUUGCAAAAGACGAGUAAAAAAAAUUUUGAGGGUGUGGGUGAAUGAAGGGUGGUGCACCGAUUGUUGUUUCAGAGAGUGGGCGUGGUGGGGGGGAAUUGGGUCCGCCAACUCUGUAAGAUGCAGAAGGGAGUUUACCAAAAAACGGGACAAAACGUUCUUUAAGAGUGUGUGCUUAUGAGUGGGUGUGCCGAGUAAAAGGGGGGUGCGCCAACUCUUGUCAACCUGUUGAAAUGGGUGCACGCUUCAAAGAGGAAGCGCACCCCAGCUCUCCCUGCAUAACACCUCAGCAACUUUUUUUUUUUUUUUUUUUUUGCACAACUCUGUGUAUGGGGAAGAGGGUGGGCGCCAUUUCGUUUCUGCAGAAGAGGGUGCGCAUCUUGGAAAGAGUGAUGCGUGGAAUGUUAUUGAAUUCAACUAGAGGAAUCAGCUGCUUUUUUCCCAGGGUUUGGGCGUGCGUAAAAGUCUCCUGAACAGGAAACUGUUCUCUCUCUCUCUCUCUCUCUCUCUCUCUCUCUCUCUCUCUCUCUCUCCCUCUCUCUCUCAUUGGGUGCGUGUGCGUGCGAGAGAGAGAGAAUCCCAGCUGGUCCCAGCAGCCUUAUAAUAGCGAGCUCAACAUCCUGGAGCUUCAAUGAAAGCUGAGCUAAGCUGUCUGACUGCUUGGUCGGUUUCUCUUCACUUCAGCGCGGAGUUGCCUGGGAGUCGUAGCCGAGCGCCGCGUCUGAUUUUUCGGUCACCUUGCACUGGUCUUUGCCGUGCCUCUCGCUGGCUGUGAUGGUUCCCCACUCGGGUGAUGCUCAGUCCUGCCGGAGGAUGGCUCUUUUGGUUCUGGUCGUGCUCUCCGCGUGGGUCUGCUGCGCACGCUUCGGAUACUGCGCCCUGCUCCGAGCGGAGGCGGAUUUUACGCACGAUGCCGAGCGGAGGCAUGCGGCUCCAGUAGCUCCGGUGGUUGCGGGGGACCGGGAGCGGCUGUCCCAGGACACGGUGACGGAGCACAUGCACAUGCUCUACGACAAGUACAACAAGGCGGGAUUCGCUUACAAGAACGGCAACACGGUGCGCAGCUUCAAGGCGCACUGGGGGGUGAUCAACAAGAAGCGGCUUCAGAUCUUCAACCUCACGUCGCUCACUAAGUCCGAAGAUGUCCUUUCUGCCACACUGCACUACUAUAUCGGGGACCUCCACAAUGGCAGCUGGUCCUGCUCCAGACCCCAAGGCUGCGUCUUCCACGGCCCACGCAGGCACAGCCACAUCCACAUCCACGCCGUCAUCUGGAGCUUUGCCCCUGAGGCUGACCAGAUGAGGACUCUAGGCCAGUUCCGCAUCAAUGUGUCCACACACAACCAGGACUUCAUCUCCUGGCAGUGGAAGGACAUCACCAGGGUGGUCAACCAGGCCAAGGCACAUCACCAGCUCCUCAUCGGCAUCGAGGUGGCCUCGCGGGGACCCCGGCCCUGGAAGGAGCUCCUGGCUGACCGCUCCCCUUACAUCCUGGUGUACGCCAAUGACUCGGCCAUCUCUGAGCCCGAGAGCGUGGUGGCCACCCUCAGGAGGAAUCCCUCGGUGGGGGACCCCAAGGUAGGGCAACGUGGGCGGAACGCGACGGAACCGCAGAGGAGCUCUUCCAGGCCCAAGCGUGCCAUCAACGUCCUGCUCCCCCUGCAGAACAACGAACUCCCUGGACCUGAGUACCCCUAUGAGACAACCGGUUGGGAUGAGUCCAGUCCCUAUGAGCCCUUCCAGAGCAAGCAGACCCGGCGGCCGUUGCGCAAAAAGAGCCGCAAGAACCCAAGGCACAAGAUGCCCCUGCUACAGUUUGAUGAGCACACUAUCAAGAAGGCCCGGAAGAAGCAGUGGAAUGAGCCCCGGAACUGCGCACGCCGCUAUCUCAAAGUAGACUUUGCUGACAUCGGCUGGAGCGAGUGGAUUAUUUCGCCAAAGUCUUUUGACGCCUACUACUGCUCCGGAUCCUGCCAGUUCCCCAUGCCCAAGGCGCUGAAGCCAUCGAACCACGCCACCAUCCAGAGCAUUGUGCGGGCGGUGGGUGUGGUGCCCGGCAUCCCGGAGCCGUGCUGCGUCCCGGAGAAGAUGUCGUCCCUCAGCAUCCUCUUCUUCGAUGAGGACAAAAACGUGGUUCUCAAGGUGUACCCCAACAUGACGGUGGAUUCCUGCGCGUGCCGAUAGUUCCCUUGGCGCACCCCUCUUUUAUCCCCACCGCCUGCUGACUCUCGUCGCCAUGGAAGCAAGUCCAGAAAAGAUGCGUUCCUCUUCUUAUUUUUAAAAUUGCUCACAUUGACGCCGGACCUGACUGACAGGGCACUCUAAGGGAGUGCGCAAUGUGGUUACAGGUGAUGGGGGUGCGACAGCAGGAAGUAGUGGUGGUCCUCGAGGAAGAUGCUCACAUGGAGGAGGAACACUGAAGGAUAAAUGCCUUUUUAGGGCAAAUUUUCACAGUGCUUCAAUUUGGACCCAUUCUAUUUGACGGGCUACACCUCUUCUCAUCAGCCAUGCUAGUCUUUGUCCAAACUUUUGAAGCCACGCACCUCCUUCCCUACCGAACUUGAGAAGCCACGCACCCCCUUCCAUCCGUGAACUUUUUCAACCAGACACCGCCUUGCACAUCUGGACAGAGUUGGCACACCCCUCUAAAAUGCGCCCUCCCUGCGGAGCACCACAAAAAUCAAGACAAAGAUCAUUUAAAGGCAUCAUAUUUCAUCAUGUAAACAUGAUUGAAUGGGAUUAAAAAGACGCUUGUUCCAUACGUACACCCUGGGGUGCGCAUACCAAAGUUACCCCUCUGUAAGUCUGUAUUUCAUCAUAAUAUCAUAAUAUCAUCAUAACAUAACUUCGUAGUAUAACAUUAUGGAUUCUAAAGCCAAGCCCGAGUGAUGUUUCUAAGGGGGUCCACCUAACCAUAUCAGCUAAGUCCAUCCAUCCAUUUUCUGAGCCGCUUCUCCUCACGCGGGUCGCGGGCGUGCUGGAGCCUAUCCCAGCUAUCUUCGGGCGGGAGGCGGGGUACAUCCCGAACCGGUCGACAGCCAAUCGCAGGGCACAUAGAAACAACCAACCAUUCGCACUCCCAUUCACACCUACGGGCAAUUUAGAGUCUUCAAUCAACCUACCAUGCAUGUUUUUGGGAUGUGGGAGGAAACCAGAGUGCCCGGAGAAAGCUCCACACAGGCGAGGCCGGGAUUUAAACCCCGGUCCUCAGAACUGUGAGGCAGACGUGCUAACCAGUCGUUCACCAUGCCGCCCCAUUUGGCGAUCCCAUGACCAAUUCAUUCAGUUUUACUGUACAACUGUAUCAGUUCCAAAAGCUAAACUGUGUUCCUCUUCGUAUCACCUUUAUCAAUCUUUUGAAUCCAUGCACCCCCAGUUAGCACGCCUCCACUAGCCCUAAAAAGUUACUACAAAAGGUUUAAGCAGGCAAGUGGUGGUGUGCCUCUCAUUCUCAGCUUCUUCCCCAAAAACCUUUGAGGCCACGCACCCCCUUCAACAUCCUGUUGGUGCAUCCCCUCUCUCCCUUAAAAAAGGCAAUUUUUUUUUUUUUAAACAAAACAAUACAUAUCCUCAGGUUGUUUUUCUAACUGUUGAGACCACAGCAGCAAAACAUCUAUUUAUGCAGACCAGAUACUUCCCGUACGCUUUAUAUUGUACAUUUUUGUGUAUAUAUUGCAGCUGACUGUAUGCUGACGACUGUUUGUUGACAAGUGCCUUUUCUUUCCAAAUCUUGGGAAUCCAUUUGUAAUAAAAAGCUGUUAUUGUGGAAUUUAUUCUUUAAAAAAAAUAUAUAUAUACAGUAUUUCAAAACUUUUUGAUAUUUCAGAGAUAUUUGCUGUAUUUUGGGUUAAUAGAUGUUUUUCUUUUGUUGCAACUUUUAUAUAUUUUGUACUUUUUGUUAGCAAUGCAUGCCAUAGAAACACUGUGGGCCAUGUGUUGUCUUUUGUGUGAAUGUUAGCUUGAAAAAAAGAAUAUGCUUGUACAAUAAGCUUGGUGAAGUAUAUUUGUAUAUGGAAAUGUCUUUAUUUAUUUUUGUCUAUCUGGUGAAGGGGGCGGAGCCUGGGAAAGAGGGGCGGGGUCUUCACAUGUGACGGACAUUUGACCCCUGACCCCUCGACACUGGCAACGCCGCCAACUCACAAAGCAUUCAAAGAAAUGAAUAAAAGUAUGCAAAAU